CCUACAUUUUGUUUUCCCUCCCUGUUCGAAAUUUUCACUACUCCGCCAUCUUUAAAGACAUGAUAACACUGGGGAUUGAUCUCAAAUCUCAAAAUUUUGGCUUCCGCACAGCAUUUUCUCAAUGGUCGGAUGCGAAAACGAGAUUGCCAAGACUAUUUGCUCAAUUUGCUUUGAAGAUCUUAAACCAAUCGUUGAAGAUCUCCAGUCGAUUGCGGUUUGCGGACACGUUUUUCACGAGCUCUGUCUUCAGCAAUGGUUUGAGUAUUGCACAAAAGGAAAGAACACUUGCCCAGUAUGCAAACAGGCAUGUAAGGCGAAGGAUGCGAACCGGCUUUAUUUUCAGUCUGUUGGUGAUAUAAAUGAAACCGGCCUCUCCCAGAAUCCACGUGGCAGUGAGAAGAAUAAAGAAGAAUUGCAGAGAGAAGUAAAGAUAUUAGAAGGGAGAGUUUCUCAACUGAGUUAUGUUCUCGAUCAGCACAAGAAAGAAUUCAAAGAUGUCACUGAGGAGCUGUUGAAAUCUAAGGAUCAGGUAAAGGUUGAAGUUACACUGAAAAAUGAGGCUCUGAAGCAGAAUGCUGCGGCUCAGAACUUGCUUUAUGUUAAAUCUAAGGACCUGGAAAUAUCAACUUCAGAAUGCACAAAGCUAAAGGAAAGAAAUCUUUCACUGGCCAAGGAACUUGCAUCACUUAAGUUGGUCUGUGAUUUAAAUCUGGAGGAAGAAGACAUCCUAAAGUUGGCUACGUUAGGAAAUGAGCCCAACAGUAAACAGACAGUUGAUGUCUUGAAAAGAUCAUUAGUCAUCCGUAACAAGAGUUACAAAGAAUUGAUGGCGAAGUGCAAUUCUCUUGGACGAGGAGAAGCACGUACUCUAUGUAAACUCGAGAAAGCCAAAGUCAAGAUCCAUACACUGAAAGCAAGGGUUCAAGAACUCGAGAGUGCUGCCGAAGCAAAAGAAAAUAAAGCAUUAAGAACUUUGAGAACUUCUAAGAGGAAAACAUUUGAGGAAGAUUUAUCAGAUGCUUUUGGCCAAGAAAACAAAUCUAUGAGGUGCUCAUAUAAGGAUCAACAAAAGUGUUCCCCCGUGUCAAGGGUAGGUUUGAAUCUAGCCAGUAACAUGCAUACUGAUUUACCCCAUUUUAGAAAAAAGGAAACAAACAAAGCAAAGGACAAUACAGGAAAGGAUACAAUGGAAGAAACUGUUGCUUGCAAUCUCCAAGAAAACCGGGAGUUUUCGUUUUUAAAACAACAUAUAGAUAUAUUUGAGAUUUCUACUAAUCGGGGGAAUGAAGGUUUGCAUACAAAUUUGAAGUCUACAACUGGUAACCAAACAAGUGUCCUUGAUUGCCAUUUCUCAAACCCCACUGUGGAGACAAUCAGUGGGGUUCAAGUGCCUCAAGAACAAAACAAGGAAGAAAUGCUGAGCUCAAAAAGUUCUGAUAAGAGCAAUAAAAACUUAUCACCAGAUACAAUUGACAUCGAUGACGAUUUGAUGAUUUUAGAUGACACAAGUCCACGUCAAGCGUCACUUCACAUCAGAAAAGACACGUCUUCACCCCUUCCUGGUGCACCAGGAGACCGUUGCUUCUCAGGUGGGUUGAUAGGUCCUGAUGGAACCAAUUGGCAUUUAGGGAAAUGGUGCAAGAAGGCACAGACCAAGGGCUCAUCACCAUCGACAACCUCCCCUGUAUCUGCCUCUAUAGCUGGUAACUUGAUUGCUGUUGGAGCAGACGGACGAGGUGGUAGGAUCAAAGUUCUUAAGUCCUCAAACCACUUACCCUUGGAAAAUAACAGUUCAUCAGCCUCAACUAAGAGACCCAAGAAUGGGGUGAAAGCAAACAGUGUGCAGUCUCAAGGGUGUUUGCAGAUAGAUCACUUCUUUAGUAAGGCUGGCUAAUAAGUGUAUGUGCUCAAUUGGUUAUGUAUGGGAGCACGAAGGCCGCCUGUAAAGCAUCUCUUUUCUUUUAAUCUAUAGGCUUGUCAAUCUGUUGGGUCUGGACUUUGGCCCCGACUUGGAUCCCAUUUGAACCCGGACUUGGAUCCGAUAACAACCCGAACCAUUGACAUGACUAUUUAGCGGCUAGCAACAUGUAAUGUUAGGCUUUGGGUUUUGUAGUUUUAGCCUUUUAGGUAGAUUUUGAUGCUUGUAUCUCUAAAACGUGAGCAAACUAAUACUCCGUACAUUGAAGGAAAUAUUGUUGUUAAGGCGCUUUGAUUAUUUAAUAAGGUUACUAAUCAUGG